AGCCCUCGUCCUGGACUUCCGCUCCAUAUAUGUUUGGCGCAUGAUGGUUGUUUGAGAAUUUCCUUUCCACCUUUUCAUUUCAUACUUAUCCAUUGUGACAGAAGUUUAAGAUAGACUGAUCUGCAAAAGAGUCUGGCCCAGGAGGAGAGGGCUAAGGUUAACCCCGGAAGCAAUAACCAGGAAGUGAAAGUGGCCUGAGUUUGUUGGGCUGAAAUGUUGCCGGUACGAAGGUUCUGACAUCAGUCCUCAGCUAAAAGAGAAGCUUCCUUUAAAAGGGAUUGCAGGAUUGAGAUGAGAAGUACUGUUGGAAUAGACAACCUGCAUUGUAAUACAAGCUCUGCCUCUAUCCAAUGCUGAGAUGAGUCGUCACCUGUGUGUUUGGCUUUUUAGAAAUCUCUCUUUUAAUGCGUACCCCCAGUGGCACAUCUACCUCCAUUGUCAGCAAUCUAGACAGAUAAGUUUUGACGCAAGGCUGUGGGUUUUUAAACAAAGCAAGAAUCACAUUCUCCAUCAGCUGUUAAAUAAGAAUCAGUCCAGGAAAUAUUUUCCUCAAGAUACAAGGAUGCUUUGGAAACAUAAAGCUCUACAGAAAUACUUGGAAGACUUAAAUAAGGAGUACCAAGCACUUGGUCAGUGUUUGCAGGAGAUCUCUGUGAAUGAAGGAGACCGAACGUCCUUAAACAGAAGGCAUGCUGAGUUGGCACCACUUGCAGCCAUUUACCAAGAAAUUCAGGAGGCUGAACAAGCAAUUAAAGAAUUAGAGUCAAUGUGUGAAAGUCUAAAUAAACAAGAUGAAAAACAAUUACAAGAACUUGCAUUGGAAGAAAGGCAAAGCAUUGAUCAAAAAAUCAACACACUAUAUAGUGAGCUUUUUGAGAAUCUAGUGCCAAAGGAGAAAUAUGACAAAAGUGAUGUUAUUUUAGAGGUGACAUCUGGAAGAACUACUGGAGGUGAUAUCUGCCAGCAGUUUACCCGAGAAAUAUUUGACAUGUACCAGAAUUAUUCAGACUAUAAACGCUGGAAAUUUGAGCUGCUGAAUUACACACCAGCAGAUUAUGGUGGCCUGCAUCAUGCAGCUGCCCGAAUUUCUGGAGACAAUGUCUAUAAGCAUUUGAAAUAUGAAGGUGGGAUUCAUCGAGUUCAGCGUAUUCCUGAGGUGGGCCUAUCGUCAAGGAUGCAGCGCAUUCACACAGGAACAAUGUCAGUUAUUGUCCUUCCACAGCCAGAUGAGGUAGAUGUAAAAGUGGACCCCAGAGACUUAAGAAUAGACACAUUUCGAGCCAAAGGAGCAGGAGGGCAGCAUGUUAAUACAACAGACAGUGCUGUGAGGCUUGUCCACAUCCCCACAGGGCUGGUAGUAGAGUGCCAACAAGAACGAUCACAGUUAAAAAACAAAGAAAUCGCUUUGCGUGUGCUGAGAGCUAGACUCUACCAACAGAUAAUUGAGAGAGACAGAUGUCAACAACAAAGUGCUAGAAAACUUCAGGUGGGAACAAGAGCCCAAUCAGAGAGAAUUCGGACAUAUAAUUUCACACAGGAUAGAGUCACUGACCACAGGAUAGCAUAUGAAGUUCGUGACAUUAAGGAAUUUCUAUGUGGCGAGAAGUGUCUGGAUCAGCUAAUUCAGAGACUGCUUCAAUCAGCAGAUGAAGAGGCCAUUGCUGAAUUUCUGGAUGAAAACUUCAAAUCAGUAAAAUAAAUGCUCCUUUAUUAUUAUGUAAACAGAAUGGACUUUUAUCAAGAAACAGGUGUGGAAAUUUAUGAAUAUUUAUAAAGUACAGCUGUAAGUACAGAGUAUUUGUAGAAAUAUUUUUUAAUGAAUAAAAGUCAUAUUUCUUUACUUACAGGCUUAUUUUAUCUUUCAAUAAAUA